AUGGCUGAUUCUGCUUCGGCCGAUAAACGUGGUAACUUUGGACGUGGACGUGGUGGACGUGGUGGUAGACGUGGUGGUAGAAGAGGUGAAGAAAAGAACGAGUGGGUUCCUGUAACCAAGCUUGGUCGUCUUGUCAAGGCAAACAAGAUCAAGUCUAUCGAGGAAAUUUACUUGUUCUCCUUGCCCAUCAAGGAAUACCAAAUCGUCGAUUAUUUCCUCCCCAAGCUUACCGAUCAAGUAAUGAAGAUUAUGCCUGUUCAAAAGCAAACUACUGCUGGUCAACGUACUCGCUUCAAGGCAUUUGUUGUCAUUGGUGAUGAAAACGGACAUGUUGGCUUGGGUGUCAAAUGUGCCAAGGAAGUUGCUACUGCUAUUCGUGGUGGUAUCAUCUUAGCCAAGUUGGCAAUCAUCCCUGUUCGUCGUGGCUAUUGGGGCUCUAACCUUGGUGAACCUCAUACUGUUCCUUGCAAGGUCACUGGUCGUUGUGGCUCUGUCAUGGCUCGUUUGGUACCUGCUCCCCGCGGUACUGGCAUUGUCGCAUCACCCACUGCUAAGCGCGUUCUUCAAUUAGCUGGUGUUACUGAUUGUUAUACUACCUCUCGCGGUUCCACUCGUACGCUUGGUAACUUUGUCAAGGCCACCUUUGCCGCUAUCGGUAACACUUACGGGUUCUUGACUCCUGACCUCUGGGAAGAGUCUGAAUUUGUUAAGGGUCCUUAUCAAGAAUUUUCUGAUUUCCUUGCCCAAAAGCAGAGAAAGUAA